GUUCUGACCCUCUUCGUUCCCCGUAGAGCCGUGUCCGUGCCGUACACCAGGCGCCACAGCAGGGCGGCGCCAUUUCUUACUUGGCGCGGACUUCUGGGGAGACCGGAGCAGGCGAGUCAUCGCGAAGUUAUUGGAAAGGUGCUUGCAAGGCAUGGCGCCUCACAACUUUCAUAACACAAAGCUCAUCCUUAUCUAGACACCUUUUGUUGAAAAACUCUUCUUUACAAUUACACGUAUACCUCCUGAAUUCCGUGAAAACAUUUUAAAAUAUUACAGUUGACAGGCUACAGGUAAAUUUAAACAUUUAACAAAAACAUUAUAACGGUUUUUCGAGGGUUAAAUCAUCUACCCCCAACUGGGGCAACCCUCGUGCUGCCGGGGCGGCUCUUCUCGCGCCCAAAUCACGCCCUCUGCUCAACGGUUUCUUCGCGUGCCAGCUUUCAAAUGUCCUUCCCCUUUAUUUAAAGUUAAAAUUGUUUGGCGGUAAAAUGAAUCAACUUCAACAUCUAUAAAAAAUAUUUUUCAAAGACUGAUACAAUAUUAUCACAACAGUUAUAAUUGUUAGCGACAAGCGGCAGACGGGUUAGUGAGCGGUUAACUCUCCUCAUGGCCUUUUCUUAAUGUUAAGCCUUCGUGGCGCUAUAUCUAACGGUUUUCGAUUUCUAAUUAUAUAAAAGUAUAAUUAACGCCGCCCCCCAACACUCGUUCUAAAAUUAAUUAACAGCUUUGCAGCUACUAUAGUUCUUUUAAUUACGCGCUUUACAGUACAUUUUAUUGUGUAAAAUAAACUGACUGACGAAAGGAGGAAUUUGAAAAUACCAAUUCACCCAACCUACCUCAGUGUGAAAAUGCUCCCUCUAGCGGUCGCUGAUCGCUAUUGCUCGCUGCCGCCGGAUGGGGAAACAGAUGGGGACCAGACGAGCGGCUUUCUCCCUUUCGCAAAAAAGUCAAGGACAGUGCGGCGUGGGCUUCAGACAGAGUUCAGUGCUUCUUCCCUUUUCCCAACUUGUCCCUGCAUCCCACAGAGCACCACAGAGAACAAAACAGAAUUCUGGGAUAGGAUUGGCGACCUGCCAAGCUCCAGCUGGACAGAAGAGUAUCAGGGGGCACCUGCAGCACUGGUAGGCAGCUCAGCUGUGCACAGGACACACCCAGUUCUGGAAAGGCAUGCCCAUACAAGGCAGCAGGAGGCGGGGCGGGAGAGACUGCCUGCCCCUUCUGAGCUGUAUAAAAGGAGGAGGCGGGGAUCAGGAUGCAGGAGGGCCUCCAGUGACCGCAGGAUGGUGGCAGUACUGCGUCACAUUGAGGACCUGAAGAAAAGACAGAGUGUCAUUGAUGAGUUGAAGAAGGAGAAGUGGGGAGGCACUCCCAGUAUCUGCUACCCUGAAGGCAUCUCUGGUCCUGGGGAAAGGGAGCUGGGAGAGACUGAGGAUCCGGGCCUGGCACAGCCAAGCAGGGAAUUAGGCACCACUGCAUCCCAGCAGUUCAAUGACACUCUCUUUUCCCCCACCCCGUCGCUUUCCAAUCAGCAGUUGCUGCUUGGAAGGGGCCUAGAAGAGCUGAGUCUGGCACCAGGGCAGGAUCCCAUGAUGUCGUUCGUCAUGGCAACAACAGACAGAAAGACAGGCAGGGCAGGGUUUCUCACAACACCCUCCCCCAAGGAGUUCUGGGGCUUUAGCUGCAGUGCUGAGGAGUAAAAUAAACUGCCCCCUACUGCUGCCACAUUGAAGCUCUGCAGUUUAUUCUGCAUCAAGCAUUAUGAUACAAAUGCCAUCAGGUUUUCUAGGCUAGUAAAUUCCAAUUCUUUUAAUGCUGAAAUUGCUGAAGGAAUUGUGAGAGGGUGAGUGUUGCUCUAAAACAGAAACAAGGGAAAGUGUUCAUUAUAAUAGAGCAGAGGUGUGGCUCUUCAUUUAUAGUGUCACUUCAACUUGUUGCCUUGGGGGUACGGAGACAAGCAUUUCCUGUUCUUCUCUUAGCUAUGAACAGCUCUUCGCCUGGGAAAAGGGUCUAAUGAGCAAUUCAGAUUGAACUGGAACUGCACCCUCGUUUGCCACUGCCUACAGCGGCUGACAAUAUAAAGAGACUUGGAACACCGACGUCUGGAGCUGGAAACCACUUCUUUCAUGAAAACGCUACUGUAGAGGAAUUUGAAAAAAAAAUACUGAAAAAGUAUUCAACCAACUUUUAGAAAGUAUUUGUAAUGGUUUGAAAUAUUUGUUUUUUUGUGACUUUAUUUGAGUCUUUGUUAAAGUAGCUGUUUAUCUUUUCUUAUUUAAGAAGUAAUCAUCGACUUUCCCCAAAGAAUAACAUUGAUCAGCUGUUAGUAAGAUGUGACAGGGUGGAACAGGGUGAAAAGUUUUUCUCAUUGUUUUAUUUGUUUUUCAUUGUAAUAGUUUUCAGUAAACAGAGGCAGUUCCUGUCUGUUGGUGCUAACACUGCCGCUGAUUUACACUUCUGUGAUGUCAUCUGUCUGGGGCUGCAGGGACAGUCGGAGCUGUCCUGGGCUGCUUUUAAACUUGGCGGACCCAUUCAAACACCUCUGUGGUGAAGACUGGGUGCUGUGGAGCAAUGAGACUGGGCCAUGAGCAAAGACAGAGGACACCAGGGGGCGCUGCCUCAGUUCUGCGUGGCUACCAUUGUGUCUAAGUAUGGAAGGACGAGCUGCACAGCGCUGCUCAGUGUCCGCACUGCUGCUGCUCCUGGGAGCUGAUCUAAGGCUGACCUUGAGCAUCUGCUGGACUCUGGCUGUCCAGGAGCAGAGCCACCCCUGGAACAGUCCAGCUCACUCUUGUUAGUGGUGCAGCCCAGGGUUCCCUGGCUGGUGUGAGCGCCCCCUGGCUGGUGGAGCUCUGCCCCGAGUCACCACUGCAGCUUCAACAUGAACAACAAGGAGGCGUCAACAGAGCCUGAGAGGAACAGCCACAUGAAGGUGUUUCUGCCCAACAAGCUGCUGGAGUGUCUGCCCAGGAGUGUGGCCUUGCCCAAGGAGAGACUGCGCUGGAACACCAACGAGGAAAUCGCUUCCUACCUGCUAUCGUUCGACAAGCAUGAGGAGUGGUUGUCCUGCUCCCUGAAGACCAGGCCUCCGAAUGGUUCCAUCAUCCUGUACAACAGGAAGAAGGUGAAGUACAGGAAGGAUGGCUACUGCUGGAAGAAGAGGAAAGACGGCAAGACGACCAGAGAGGAUCAUAUGAAGUUGAAGGUGCAGGGUAUGGAGUGUCUCUAUGGUUGCUAUGUCCAUUCCUCCAUCGUCCCAACAUUCCACAGGAGGUGCUACUCACUGCUGCAGAACCCGGAUAUCGUCCUGGUGCACUACCUGAAUGUGCCGUCAGCGGAGGACUGUGGGAAGGCGUGCAGCCCGGCGCUGUGCUCUGUCACCAGCGACCGCCGUGAGUGGCUGCGCUGGACGCGUGAUGAGUUGAUUGGUCAGCUCAAGCCCAUGUUUCACAGUGUCAAGUGGACCUGCAGCAACAGUAACAGCUCCUCUGACCUCUCCAUCGAGCAGCUGGUGCAGCACGUCCUGGACAGCCAGCAGGCCAAGCCGCAGCCGCGCACACACAGCUGCCUCUGCAGCAGCGGCCUGGCCUCCACGGGGGCCAACAUUCCCCACAGGUGUAACAGCACCAAGCACCGCAUCAUCUCCCCGAAGCUGCCCCCGCGCCCCUCCCCCUACCCCGCCCUGACGGAGGUGCAGAACCUGGCCGGGGGUGACGGCGGGGGCGAGUCGGGGGGCGGAGGCCCUGACAGGAAGACGGUGACCCCCAGCCUCAUUCCCCAGCAACAGCAGCAACAGCCGCAGCAGCAGCAGACAUCAGGGGGCAACUCAGGGGUGCCGGGAGGUUCCCCAGUCCCGGUCAGCCAAUCUCCUUCCUCGGCGGGUAGCCCCCAGCAGCGCUGCUCGCCCUUGGCCCCCAGCAACGGUUUCUAUGGCAACCAGCGUGGCCUGGCGACAGUGACGCUGCCUCAGAAUGCGGUGAUUGUCAUGGCGACGCCCAUUGGGUCCGGAAGGGGAGGGCCCAGGGGCGAUGGGGAGGGCCUCCCGAAGCAGGAGAAUGGCACCAGCACGGCGGCACGCCUGUCCCCGGCCCUCGCUGCCGUCACGCACUCCAGCCGCCUCCUCCUGUCCCCCAUCGCUCAGCCCUCAAGCGCCUCACCCCCGGCCGAGCCUGCCCCCACUCCAGCACCCUCGCUCCCCUCCGGCACCCCAACAGCCGCCGCACACGUCCGGCUGACCAGCACCCCCAGCUCCACCGCCGCUGCCCCAAAUACCAGCACUCAGGCCUCCCCCACCCCCGGCGUCGCGACCCUCAGCUUGACCCUGCUGCCCAGCCCCCUGAUAGGAGGCCUGGUGCUGACGGACAGGCUAGUCUCAGGGGCAGAGUCGCUGAUCCUGCCCUCCCACUCCUCCUCCUCCUCCUCCUCCUCCUCGUCAUCCUCAUCCUCGUCCACUUCCUGCACCCCUCCUGCCUUCGACCCCGACUCCUUCCUCAACAGCCCCAAGCGAGGACAGACCUACGGGGGCACAGCCGCCUCCCGAGACUUGCUGUCCCUCUCCCUCUCGGUCCCUUCCAGUUUCACUCCUCCGUCCUCGUCCCUGUCCCCUGUCUCCCCCUCUGCCUCCUCCUGUUCCCGCUCCCUCGCGCUCGCCCUCUCGCCGGCCUCCCCCUCCAGCUCUCCCUCCUCCCUCUCCUCCCUCUCCUCCUCCUCCUCUUCCUCAGCUGCGGAGCACGAUGACGAGACUGGGAAGGGCAGGGAGGGCGAGGCAGGAAGAGAGCCCCAGUUCCCAGACGCGGGCGCCCCGCCCUCUUCUCUCUGCUCCACCUCUCUCACGCCGUCUCUCUCCCUCUCGCUGUCGCUCUCCCCGGAUGGCCAGCCAGUCUCCACGCUGACCGCCCCACCCCUCCUGCCCCUGUCCCUGGGGCUGGCGGGGGCAGAGAGCCAGGGACCGGGGACCAGCAGUGAGGGAGACGUCCCGCUCCGUGAUCGUGGUCCCCACGGCAACAGGAGCGAGCCGUCCCUGGCAGACCCGCCCCGCCCCUCCCAGAAUCCCUCGCCGGAGGAGCGGCCCUGCCAGGACCAGCGGCCUCCAUCCGAACUGCUGCUCCUGCAGCCCAAAGGCAGCCUGUUCUUCCUGCAGGACGAGUGCAGCUCCAGCUCGCCGGGCGCGGGGCUGCAGGGGGACAGCGCCCCCGAGGGUGGCAUCCAGGUCAAGGAGGAGCAGGGGUCCCCCUUCUCGCCCGCGGUCUUGAGGUACGAGGGGGAGGAGACCCCCAUGGACACUACGGGCGACGAGGGCAAGCAGGAGGAGGGGGCAGGGGAGACACUGAGUAGAGACUUGAGAGCGGAGAGGGAACCGGAGAGGACAGAGGCAGAGAGCAUAACAGCAGAACCUCCCAGCGAGGAUACAGAGCUGUAUACCAUGAUCCAGAAGAACCUGGGGCCCGGUGCCGGCUUUGGCGGUGCUGGCAGCGCAGGAAAUGGCCAGCUGGGACUGACAGACCACUUCGAGAUCUCCUUCGAUAGCCAGUUUCCAGACUUCAUCUCCGAAUUCAUCGCUGAAGAGCAUCAGCAAAAUUCUGGAGGAUCUGCUUGUGAUUCAGGGUCUGUCAGUGCUGUUCCCUUUGCUGCUGCUGUUGCCCCCCUGCUCACUCACCCCCACAUCCCAUUCCCAAACUUCAGCCUGGAAUCCCCCUUCAGCACCACAGCAGCUGCAGUACCGACGGUAUCCACUGGGGGGCAGUAUGUCCCAUCGCAGCAGUCCCAGACUCCACAGCCUUCCUCUGCCCCCUUCCUCUCCUUCCUCAACCAGACCUCCUUGGCACUGUCACCCACGGCUGGUUCAGGAAUAUCUGCACGUCGCCUGGUGGCCAUCACUGACUUCUCCCCCGAGUGGUCCUACCCUGAGGGGGGAGUGAAGGUUCUGAUCACUGGCCCCUGGACUGAACUGUCGGGUCAGUACUCCUGUGUGUUCGAUCAGAGCGCCGUCCCAGCAUCACUAAUACAGCCAGGGGUCCUGCGCUGCUACUGCCCGGCCCACGAGGCAGGCCUGGUGUCUCUCCAGGUGUGGCAGGACAAUACCAUCCUCUCGUCCUCGGUGCUGUUCGAGUACCGCGCCCGCAACUCCGGGGCCCUGCCCAGCUCCCAGCUCGACUGGCUCUCCCUGGACGAUAACCAGUUCCGCAUGUCCAUCCUGGAGCGGCUGGAGCAGAUGGAGAAGAGGAUGGCCGAGAUGACCGCCUCACAGCAGCAGCAGCAACAACAUCAGCAGCAGCAGAUGACCCGGCAGGCCGCCCAGCCACAGAGCGCCACACAGCCGCAGAGCACUGCGCACGCCCAGUCCUCGCAGUCCUUCGAGCAGCGGAUCGUGGCGCUGUGCGAGCAGAUGAUGGCUGGGGGCCGGCAGUGGGUGCGGCCUGCAGGACUGGUGCACUCAGUCACUCACCGUGGGAUGACCCUGCUCCACCUGGCCGCCGCGCAGGGAUACGAGCAGCUCAUACACACGCUCAUUCAUUGGAGGAGUGUGAACUCAGACAGUCUGGAUCUGGAGCAGGAAGUGGACCCUCUCAAUGUCGACCACUUCUCUUGCACCCCCUUGGUAAUUCACACCUCUGCUGUCACACUAUCACUCACCCUGGGACUCUGCACAGAGCCUGACAGGGAAGGGCUCAGUUCUUCCAGCAGUGUCCCAUCCCCCAGCGACCCGCCCUCCCCCUCCCCCAGCUCGGCUUACUCCAGCAGCUCCCUCCCCCAGGACACAGCCAUGGACACCUCCCCCUCCCUGUCCCCUUCCUCCCCGUCCCCAUCUCCCACCCUCGCCCUCCCCCUCUCCCUGCCCGAACCCUGGGACCUGCCCCACGACCAGGCCGCUGAAGCCGGGGACUCGGGGCUGCGCUGCAGCUCGGGGGACCCCUCCUUCCUCAUGGAUUAUGAGCUGGACUCCCAGCCGCCUUCCAGGUUCCCCCCUGCCUCGCACGACCCCCUGGAGGCCGAACUGCUGAACUACAGCGAGAACGCUGAGAACGAGGGCUACCUGCCCUCAGUGGAGGUGCUGCAGGUUGACAUGGUGACGCUAGCAGAGCAGAUCAUUGAAGCCACGCCAGAGCACAUCAAGCAGGAUGAGUUCUCGCCCUCCGAGUCACCGCUGCGCGAGAGGAGGGAGAAUCCCGCCAUCCAUGACACCAUGCCCUGGCUGGCCCGCUACCUGGACACAGUGGACACCAUGCCUUCCCUGUCACAGCGGGACAGGUGUGCCUGCCCAACACCUCCCCUCAGUCGCCCCCCCUCUCCCUUGAGUGCUUUGGCUUUACAGAGACUCCGCCCCCCCAGCAGUGCAGCAUGGGCAGAGUUUCUCAACGCCUCAGCCAAUGGGAGGAUGGAGCGUGAGUUCGCCCUGCUCACGCUGUCUGACCAUGAGCAGCGUGAGCUGUAUGAGGCAGCGAGGAUCAUCCAGACCGCCUUCCGCCGCUACAAGGGUCGCAGGCUGAAAGAGCAGCAGGACAUGGCGGCCGCAGUCAUUCAGAGGCUAACAUGGAUAGCACUGAAGUACGCCCUGUAUAAGAAGAUGACGCAAGCUGCCAUUCUGAUUCAGAGCAAGUUCCGCAGCUACUACGAGCAGAAGAAGUUCCAGCAGAGCCGGCGGGCGGCAGUGCUGAUCCAGCAGUACUACCGCAGCUACAAGGAGUAUGAGAGGCUGAAACAGGCCCACCGCGCCAACCCCUCCAACACCAAGAUGAAGGGCUCCUUCCUGACAAAGAAGCAGGACCAGGCGGCUCGCAAGAUUAUGCGCUUCCUCCGGCGCUGCAGACACAGGAUCAAGGAGUUAAAACAGAGCAAGGAGCUGGAAAGGAUGCAGAAGAGGGGAUUAGCCACAUAAACCUCACUCCAUCGCCACCUCCUUAGCUCCAGUAUAAGGCAGGAGGUCCAUUUCUCUCCCCCCCCCUCUCUCUCCAUCACUUCCCAGAAUGCACAAUUUCCAUCCUGCAAAGUACAAAGAGGAGAGAGAGGAAGAGAGGGGCGAGGGGAGAUGGUGUCUGGCGCAUUUGGAAAGCGUGUUUCUGGUUUGGGGGGGAUCGGCUGGCAUCUGAGCUUCUUGGGCUGCAAUGCGGGGAGACCAUGUCCUCUUGGAAGAGGAGGUCUUGGCUCAAGGGGGGGGGGGGUGGGUUCUGGUUCCCCCUGUUGCUCACUAGCUGAAGGCAGGAUCCCGGGUCUGAACCUGGUUUGCUCCUCCUCCGGACCACCGAGCGGCCUGUCAAUCCGAGGGCAUUGUGCCAAGAUGUCUGUCUGUGACCAUGCAAAUUAAAUCUUUGUCAGUUACCCCGACCCUGCAUACCCCCUAAAUUUAAACAUUUCCAGUCUGGAAAUCCAAACUGCAACAUUCAGACAGGCUGUGAAUGGGAUCUUCUGAACGGACCUGGUCAGAGUGAUCUGAGCCCGGUCAUGGAGGUGCUGGUAUAAUUGUGGUCACUUGCAGCCAAAGACGUAAUCAAACCAAUUAAACCAAUAACGAGCUCUUUAAUUGAAUAAAAGCCGAGUUGAAACUGAUAACCUGCAGGUGCUCACCAGCCCUCAAGGACCGGGACCCCUGACUUGUCCCUCUCAUGACUCUUCCUCGCCGAUGUCUCCCUCGUCCCACUUUCCUUUUUGGACAGUCCGAGGAAGUGAAGGCAGGUGUGACGGAGGCCUGACAGUGGAGAGAGAAGGGAAGGAAGAGGAGGGGGAGGGCAGGGAAAAAGACUGACACACUGACUCACUGACACACUGACUGACGGUCUGACACUGACUGAUGACCAGACACACGGACUCACCAACACAAUGACGAUCUGACACACUGACUCACUGACACACUGACUGACGGUCUGACACACUGACUGACGGUCUGACUGAUAGUCUGACACACUCACUCACCGACAUGGUGACUGAUCACUGACUGGCUUACAGACACAGAUGACUGGCUGACACUGAGACACCUCACUGUAAUUGACUUUACAACAUACUGAGUGACUGAUACCCUUCACCAUGAAUUAAUUGUGAAGUCUUAAUCCAGCAGUGCACUUGGUUUGUUAGUUGAGCUCUGUUAAUUACUGCGUUGGUUGUAACUGGACCAGCGAGGAAUCGCUUAUAUUCACCUGAAGUCUUAAACCACAGAUUAGCUUGAUUCCCAUACUGCCUACCAGUCUGCAGGGGGGGGGGUGUGGAGGGCGCAAGGUUGAUUGGAACCCCAUCUCAACCUUUGACCUUCUUUCAGAGGGAUGUAAAAUAGGUGCAGCACUACUGUACUGUAUUGAAAUGAACAGCAACAAAAUUGUAAAAUCUUACAUCAGGAACCCUCUGAUGGACAUUCUCUUGCUCUGUAGCACGCAGUGACCCGAUUCCAGAGGCAGCUGUGUGCUGUGGCAUUCCAAACACUCUGCAAACCUGUAGCUAUGGCUACAGUAUAUGUUGAGAGAACAGUGAGAUACCCUGUCUGUGCUAGACAUGGUACACAGCUGCAAGACUGUGAUCCUCACAGUCCCACCUAUACGUGAACCCAGUGUUCACCACACAGGGCAACCAACUUUAAAAGUCCCUGGUGGACACUUGUAAUGUAGCGCCCCCUGGUGUCCUCUGUCUGUCCAUGGCAGUGUGUUCCCUAUGGUCCUGUGGACCUAGUCUCAGGGCAAAGCACCCAAAGUUACAGUGAUGUAAAGCCUGACAAGAAGGUUGAAACCCCAUUCAUCAGACGUUCCUGGAGGGCUUACUGGUUUUUCCGACAGAAGUGUGUGAAUGCUGUUUCAUUACUGGAUUGAGGCAGUGCAGGCAGACUCCUCCCCCCCGCCCACCUUCAAGCCACUCAUCACAACACAGGCAGCACCGCCCCCACUGGAGGGUCACUGCUGAUUGGAGAGGCGUGUCCCUCAGCAGUAGCACCCCCUGCCUGCCAGCUAGUGAGAAGCAUCACUUCAUUAAGUUAAAUUAAGCUGUCUUUGUUUUCCCAUUUUUUAAAACUGAGCAUUGCUAGUUAAUUGUUUUUAAUCAUGUACCUGUCCAGCUGGAAUUUGCCUCUGUGCCUCCAAGCUGUUGGCCCCUCCCACCUGCCCCAUUUCUCCUUCGGACACGUCACCCAGCCCAGGGCAAUCCCAGACAGCGAUCAGACUAGUCACAUGACCCAGGUUUGAACCUGCGACAUCUGGAUGACAGAGCCAGUACUCAAUACUAGAUCAGUGUAAGACUAAUUGGUUGAGUUUUACAGUUGAUAGUUUAGAAGACGGUGUUGACUUGAGCCUGGAGGAAUGUAAUAGGUAAUUGGACUAAUUGAGGAGCCCAGAGUUUAGCUGGGACACAAGGCCAGAGACUCUACGGUCCUCCAGGAGCGGAUUCUGAUGAUUCUCCUCCAGGUACUCCGUGUUGUUUUCCCUCUGCUUCUCUCUCUGGCUCUUAAUUGCAUCAUUGAAUUGAUAAUCUGAUAGAUAAACUACCUUUAUAAAGUUGAAAAUUUCAAGAUGCCUAUGGAUACUUAUAGUGUAGGUCAAAUGAAAGGAAAUUACAAAUGUUGUAAUUAGCAGAUUAUUACUUAAAUCUGGUGGUUCAAUUAAAUAAAAGCACAGCUGGAACAAAAACCCAUAGACACUGAGGUGUCAGGAUGUAGGACUGGGGAGCCCUGCUUUAUUGGGGAAUAUUGGUCAAUAUUGUCAGAUGGAGGCCCAGUUGCCCACAGCUGAUUUGUCUGGGUCUUUAUCCUGUUGUACAGUAAAGGGACUCUGGAAACACCAGCCGAGAGAAUCUCAAAGGUGAAAAAGCCUAGAUGAAACUAAGGGAAAAUAAUGGAAUAUUGCGUUUAUAAAAGUUCAAAGUAGUUUUAAAAGUGCAGUACCGUUACCUUUUUCACUGAGAUGUUUUGGAACUGGAUUUUGUGCAUUGAUUGUAGAAUCACAUGCACACCAUUUUUUUAACAAAAAAACAAAAGAACCAUUUCAGAUUCCUGACACAGUGGUGUUCACAUAGCAUCUGACAUGUUUUCAAAGUUGUGACAAUGGGCCUUUCCAAACAGAUAAAACAAUAUUAGCAUACAUAAAAAGGUAAGGUCUAUCAGUCUCCUGAGCUCUGAAUCCAGAUUCUGCUCAAAUAUUAUCCCGUUUACACUGUCCUGUCAAUCUGGAUUCAGGCUCUUUGGACUGUACUCCGAACUCUACCCUAAUCUGGAUUCGGGCUAUUCACACUGAACCCCCCACAUAGACACACCAGGAAAAUUAAAGCUCUGCACUUCUCAAACACCACAAAAUUACAAAACUAAUCAGAUUAUAGGUAUAUACCAGUAAUAACAGGAUUAGGGCUUUAGACUGAGGAUUGUAAAACUGAAUUGGGAAAGAAAAUGAAUAUGCAUUACUCUGUACAUACUGUAAAAUACUGAGAUUAGAUUUGAGUAUAUAUUUAAAACAGCAAAAAAUACUGAGCUUGCUUGGUUGUUCUGGAGAAAAUACUAUUUGUCAGUUUUAUUCAUAUUGCUGUUGAUUAUAAUGGUGACGCCGACAGCGUUCAGCUGUUGACAGAGGAAGGCGUGACCGAGCCUCUGCAUGUGAUCGUGUGACUUUGCAUCGGAAAUCACGCGUGUGCUCCAUAUACUGCUGAUGUUCAAAUAUAUAUAUAUUUAUAUAUAACUUAUGUCUUUUUCUGUACUGUAAAUUGGUUUUCUUGCACUUUUUUGCAUUUGUCUAAGUUGAAGCUGUUUUAAUUUUUCAUAAUGAUAUUAAAUAAUACUGAAACUCUG